AUGUCAUUGGAACUUGAAUCAUUGAAACAAGAGAAUGCCAAACUUAUGGCUAGAAUUGUAGAAUUGGAGCAGACUGCAAAAGAAAAAGAUGAGCUUAAGGCUAGAAUUGUGGAAUUGGAACACGCUAUGGAAGAAAACAUGUCUUCUAUUGUAAAUAUCUCACCUAAUAAUAUUGAUUCAGAGUCUUUAGAGCUGAUACAGAACACAGAUUAUUCCGAAAUAAAUACUCCUGAACAGAUGGAAAAUAUAUUUGACAAUGCAUCUAAUUCUGAUGUGUGUCAGGA